GAGACGGUAUUAGUGAACGGGCGUUUUUCUACGAUGAACGGAACCAUCCAUACAAGCGGAGAAGAGGAGGAGAAGAUCAAAUUCUUCAUGGAUAGUGCCAAUAACAGUCGCCAUAAUAGCUGCCCCGAAAACGUCUUCAAAGUCCCCAGGCACUGACACCAGCUGGAAAGUGUGCUAGAAGGUGACUCUAGCCUGCUACACAUUGCCCUGUGUCUACUAUGGACGGCAGAUGACCUGGCAGAUGCAUUCCUAACCCUCACAAACAAACAUCGGUUCAGCGCAGUCUACGACACUACCCUCUACCCCCUCCAACGAGUUAGACAUUCUCCUUGUUGAGUUACAUCAUCUGACAGCAGCUUUGUUUCAACAAGCUGAAAAAAAAUCCUGGCACAUAGCCGAAGACCUAUUCGUGGGCAAGGAAUCUAUAUCUGACGUUUAAAAAAAUUAAAUUAAUGACCGUAUGGCUAUGCCGAAUGACCAGUGCAGUCAUCUAAAACUUUCAAGUCUGUGAAGUGUACCUAUUUGUCCAGCGCGACCAAGGUAGAUUAACAAAGCUCGAGCGGCAAAAGGCGAGCUGAACAGUGAAUCUUGCCAUCUCGGAUUUCAUCACACCUUAUGCACUUUAUCGUCUGCCGACGCGGAGGAGUCGCAAGGUCGCUAGCAGUGCACUACAGCGCGAAACACUGGCAAAAGCAGUCAUUGGCGCGGCCUUACCGCGAUGUGCUAUGUGCUUGCCACACUGAAGAGUUCAGACAGAUACAUCCCAGUCCGUUCAGGAGAAUCUUGGCGUAGUAACUCUGUUCGAUAAGGGAAUUAUUGUUUUUGUUGCAAAGGCAACCGCCUAGCAUAAAUUAAUUUUUCUAACAUAAACAUUCCGUCAUCAUUGGAUGCAGCGUUGAGCAUGAUGGCCACUGAAAAAGACAGAUGAGAAUCUGAGAAUUUAAUGGACUUUACAAUAGUAACUGUUUUUCUUCUUCACAGAACAUAUAAGCUGCCUAAAAAUUUUCGUGCAAAAAACUAUUUCUGACUGCUUGCGGUGAUUUCGUCUGCGUUCCGUCACACGUGUUGAUUCAGCAGCUCCACGCGUUGAUUUAACAGCUUACUGGACAACCUGAUUACGUCACACGUUGUCGAUUCCUUUCCACUAAAUAGUGGUCAACAUUUUACCGGACAACGUGAGUACGUCCGUCUUUUUGAGAGAGUAGAGAUAGUAAAUCGAGGAUGGAAACCCGCUCUACAGAGUACCAUGUAUUUAGCCAGGAUGACGACGACGGCAAAAAUUCAACAUGGCUGUCAUCAGAACUAUUUAAAUGUGACGCCUCGCCUGUUUCUGGAUCGCCUCCGUUAGAGAAACUAUACAUUUCUGAAGAGACAGCGCCCGAGGAACAUUACUCCAGCGACCCGCAAAAUGGACUGUCCUUACCAAGAGACGCUGCCGAGCCGUUUUCGUUUAUCAAUAUGACAUAUUUUCGAGGUAGUAGAGAUAGUGACUUGAGAACGGAAGACCAUUCUACAGAGAAUCCACGUCUUUAGCCAGGAUGACGACGACGGCAAAGAUUCAACACUGUUGUCAUCAGAGAAGUCAACAUUGCUGACUUCAGAAAUAUCAGAAUGUAACGCCUCCCCUGUUUCUGGAUCACCUCCAUUAGAGAAAAUACAUAUUUCUGAAGAGACAGCGCCCGAGGAACAAUACUCCAGCGACCCGCAAACAGGACUCUCCUUGCCAAGAAACGCUGAUGAGUCUUCCUCGUUUAUUCCUAUGACAUUUUUUCGAGGGAGUAGAAAUAACGACUCGAGAAUGGAAGACCAUUCUACAGAGAACCACGUCAUCAGCCAGGAUGACGACGACGUCAAAGAUUCAACACGGUUGUCAUCAGAGAAGUCAACAUUGCUGACUUCAGAAAUAUCAGAAUGUAACGCCUCACCUGUUUCUGGAUCACCUCCGUUAGAGAAACUAUAUAUUUCUGAAGAGACAGCGUCAGAAAUAUCAAAAUGUAAUGCCCAACCUGUAGCAUCCGAGGAACCAAUGGUCCAACGACCCGCAAACAGGACUGUCCUUGCCAAGAAACGCAGCCGAGUCUUUUUCGUUCAUUCCUAAGGCGCCUCUGGCAAGCAUAGAGGAGCACAGUGACAUUGAAAAAGGCCAAAUCACCACAAACGAAACUUAAUCUCAGAAGCGUUAUCAAGAACUGGUGCGAGGCAGCAGCGACUCCAGAGCAGGGAGUGUGGACAGCGGCGGAGGGGUCGGGGGUGAAAGGCGAGGCUCCAAUGUGUUCAGAAACAUGCUCAAGCGAGUCUCCAUUCACAGGAAAGAUUCUGCCCCGAUUGGUCGCAUCAACGUGUUACUCUACAGACCAGAGAAUUUCGACGAAACAGAGGAAGAAGAAAAAACGGACGAUCCACAGACUGAGCUCAUUAAUCACAGCACUCAUGAGGAUCAUGGCGGACAAGGCGGACACGAGGACAAUGGCGGACCUGACAGUAAUGGCGGACACGAAGGCCACGCCGGACACGAAGACCAUGGCGGACACGAAGACCAUGGCGGACACGAAGACCAUGGCGGACAUGAAGACCAUGGUGGACAUGACGGUCAUGGAGGCGCAAUGCGUCGCAAUGAUAAAAAUAAGCAUGCUGCUCUCCUGGACAGCUUCUUUCUGAUCCUGUCCGGGCUGUAUGGAAUUCUCAUCGUGGUACUCGGAGCAGUCAUUCCACUCACAGAAAUAUUCGUGAAAAGCUAUCACAAUUCUGUAUUUGAGGCAUUCUACAUCUACCUGUACGUCGUCAGCGUCAUCUUUCUGGUCUAUGUGUACAUCUACUUGCUGAGACGGAACCGCCUGAAGACAGAGUUUCUGACCCGCACGCUUUCUCGUUCUCUUUCGUUCACCAAAGCUUGGGCACGUUCGUGGGCAAGGGGAGAUAGUGAGAGAGCCACGAAGUAUCGAAAAAGGAUGGUGUCCCUUGACGAGACAAACCACCACACUGGAACUUUUUACCUGAGACUGGGCGUUUUGGGCUUUGGCAUCGGCGGAAUGAUCCACAGUGGCCUAGAAUUCGGCAAGUUCUUUGAAGUGUCCGCCAAGGAAGGAUGCAGCGACCCCAUCCUGGCCGUUAAGCCCUUGCUGCAUCUCAUUUUCACAUUUUCGCAGCUCUACUUCGUCUUCAUGAACUCGAAGAUGUGUGUGCAUCGCUACAAGAAAGUGGCCCGAUUUGGUUUGAUGCACAUGGCCAGCACAAACCUCUGCGUCUGGUUCCGCUCCAUCGUCGUCGAGACGCUUCAUGAGAUCCAUGCGCACGGUCACCAUGACGAUCACGACAGUCACGACAGCCACGGUAGUCAAGACGACCACGCCAGCCAUGAUAGCGACCACGGGGCUUCGGCCCUCGCCAACUUCAGCACCAGCACCAUACCCGAUAAGAUCAUGGCAGUGGGAAGGAAGCUGCAUGCAGCUGGCGGAGCGGAAACUGGCGGGGACGGGAUGCUGAUGUCGGAAUUUAAGUGUCAGUGGAGCAACAUGAUGGGCAAGGCUGUGGAGGCCGCCGGACCCUACCUGUAUCCGUGCACUAUCGAGUACAGCAUCAUGUGCGCCGGCAUUCUCUACGUCAUGUGGAACAACGUCGGCAUCAAACAGCGCCCAGCAGCGGAGGAGAUGAAUGAGGAAGAACAGCUUAAGCACCAGAGGAUGAGCGUGGACUGCUCGGGCUCCUCGCGCGGCCUCUUUCUGGGCAUCCUCCUCACCGUUGCCGCCGUCAUCGCCAUCAUCGCCUUCUACGUCAUGGUCAGCCAGCCCGACCUCAAGUUCUCGGCGCUGCUUCUGACGCAUCUGUCGGAGACGAUCAUCUACAUCCUAACAACGGUGGCCAUCGUGCUGGCCUGCGCGCGCAUGCGACACCUGCAAUUUCACAGCAACCACGAGUCCGACAUGGAGGAGAUCCUCAUCCUACUCGGCUACACUGGCCUCUUGGCCUUCAACAUCUUUAGCCUAAUCGCCGCCUUUCUGAACGUCCCAGGCCCGGAGGCAGCGCUGACCAUCGUGUCAAACUUCACCAUGAUCCUGCAGGCCACUCUUCAGACCAUCUUCAUGCUGGCCGGUGACCGCAUGUCAGCUGCAGACUCCCGUCAGGAGCGCAAGAAACCCGGAAGGGAAUAUGUCACCUUCCUGUUGCUGAGCAACUUUGCCAUGUGGAUCAUCAACACCUUCGAGACACAGAAACCUGAGCACAACCCCCUGCAGGUGCUCUUUUACGGGUCAAGCGCCUGGUCCAUCUUCAGCCACAUCUCCGUGCCGCUGGGCAUCUAUUACCGCUUCCACUCCACCGUCUGCCUGUCCAACAUCUGGAAGAACGCAUGGAAAAGGAGAAGCAUGGCCACUGACGGACUAGUUUUUGGGCCGUCUACGGGUUAAGGAAGGGGGCAGUGACCUGACGGGAGUCAGGAUUGGGAUUGAGGGUUGGAGUGGAACGUAAUGAGGCGCCGGGUAUGAGUAUGCUUUCGGAAAGACCUGCUCAGCACGUGAACUUAUAAGUGUGGGGGCAGCCUUAGUAUGUAGCCGUCACAUUUCAAGGGUCGCCAUAACAACCAUCUGUGUAAGUGAGACUAUCCCCAGUUGAUUUUUCAGUUAGCUGCUCUUUUCAACUGUGGUAACGUGUGUCUGAAUGAUGUAUAUGCAAUGCUUGUUUCUUCAGUACGUGUAGCAUUUUGUCCUUGUAGAGAUAUGGUUGUCCCUAUACCCACUUUACAAUUCCUUUUUACAUUCCAUCAAUCGUGGUUAACAUUCACGUCCUCCUAUCAACUAUGUCAUGCCCACAUUGAAUGCUGCACACUUUACAUUAAAUCCCUUCCAAGACGAGAUAUACCAAGUCCCAGAUUCACCGUAAAACGCGCUUGUGAAACACAUCGACAGUCAGUCUCGCCACUAUUAAUGUUAAUAAACAGUUCCUAAUAACGUCCUGUAUUCAUUCUGAUUCUGCACCUCACUAAAUUGAAGUAAGUCUACUGUGUUCCUAAAUCAUUUAAAAUCUGAGCUUUGAGCGACUUUGGUGAAUUUCGUGCGCUUUUGCGGGUGUCGUCGCCUGGGCACUGAUCCUGAGCAGGGCCACUGUUGUGGUCACAAGUAGGGCACGGACUCUUUACCAUCAUAGUUGCUCAGGCUAAGUUCCAGUCAGUACUGUCCUCUGAAAGAAGUGAUUGGGACUAUGAAAGUCAGGGAGAGACGUCAGGGGCGGUGCUGCUAAGAAAAUGAAGACAAGGUCAUAGGACUUAAUGAGUAGGUACAGGAUGUUAGAAGACUGAUUAUUGUACUUGUAAAAUUGCCUGUAACACUUUCAACCUUAAAUUUCGCAAGACAGUCAGCUCGAAUGUAAGGUUAAAAUACAUCGAUCCCCGUCAAGUUCAUACAUUAAUGACCUGUCAUCAUUCAUUCAAGUGUCAGCAAUUAAAGAUAUUUUGAUUUUUAGCAUUCCAUCAUGCAUGUGCGGGAAGCAGUCGCUGCUUAUUACCGCUUUUCCGCAAAGAAUAAAUAAUCAAGAUAACUAUUAUUUUUCCUAGAACAACACUCCCGUGACACAUGUGAAAGCAUGUUGUAAUAAGCUGAAGGGAUCUCAGUCCCCAGUCAGAAAUGAUGUAGAAAAAAUAGUCUUUGUUUGUUCCUCUGAGUCUGAUUACACAAACCUCAUCUAAACUGAUGUGUACACCUGUGCUGUGAUAAAAUAAAAUACACGCAGAAUCUCCUAAUAACAAUUAAAAACUCUUGAAACCUU